AAAAACACUAUUGAUCUGUUAAAAAAAAAACAGUGUUGAGUUCUAAGUUGUUGUAACUAGCACUUAGUUGACACGUGACGUCCCCACCGCCGUAACAGCAAACCACUCUUCCAAUCGACGCCGCGAUCUCAUCUCAGUUUCACCGAUGAUGAUGGAGUACGCAGAGGAACUGGUGAGGGAGUUUCUGGUGUUCCGAGGAUUCACCAACACGCUCGAAGCUUACGAGACCGAAUUGCGAACCGACAUUGGUAAAGGGUUCCAGGUCGACAAGAUUCUCGACCUCAUCUUCUCCGUCUAUGUUCCCAAGUUUCAGGGUGAGAAGUUGGUUGCGCUUCUCGGUUUCUUCAAACACUAUGUCUCUUCAAGUUCUGAAACCGCACUUGUUUCAACGUUGUCGAAGUUGGAAGCUUCUAUUCUGCGAUUCUAUGUUGUUUAUGCUUUGCAGUCCAAUCGGAGAGACAAGGUUGUGGAGUUUUUCGCUGCUAAUGGUGCUGAAUUGGUGCAGAGUUCUCAGGAUUGGACUCACUGGUUUGCAAUUCCUUAUACCAAGAAUCCGCAAACCGAUCCAGAAUUUCGAAUAUUUUUCUCCAAGGAGUGGUAUCAGGCAUUGCAUCUUUCUGUUAGAAACUUCUUUAGUGAGAUCUUCAAUGCUACUCGUCUACCUGCUCUACUGAAGAUCAGUUCAGAGAUGAAUGCUACCAACCUACUCAAAAGAGAUAUCGUACAUCUAAAUCAUAAAUUGUCGCAGCUUCAGGCUUUACUCGAUGAGAAAGAGGCACAAUUAUGCCAAUUUAGAAGUUUGGAAGGAAGUAUUAGUUCAUCAAGCAAUUUGCGUGAAGAAAGUACCCAUAUGUCAGAAGAUUCUCCGAAGGUUUAUCCAAGAGGAGUUCAAAAAGAGAUUAGCCAAGAUUCUAUUGUUGAUAGACCUGGAUAUGUUCAGUCUGAGAUUAUCAGCUCCAAGUCAGGUGAAGAUUCACCUUUCUUAAUGAAUGAUCAUCUGGUAAAUGGCAGAGCUGGCGAUGCCACUGCAAAAGAAAAUGAUAGAGAAGUUUAUGGGGAAGAAGAUUUUGCUGAGGUCAAAGUGGAGCACCAGGAGACAUUUUUGGGGCACACCAGUCCAAUCACCCGGUGCCGCUUCUCUACAUCUGGAAACAACAUUGCUAGUGCCUCUCUGGAUGGAACUGUCAGGAUAUGGACAUAUGAUGCAUCAACUCCAGUAUCUAGAAAUGCAACCAUAUAUUGUGGCACCGAAAUUUUGUCGCUUGACUGGGAAUGUAAAUCAGACCGCUUGCUUCUAAUAGGUACAUCUGAUGGGUGCAUUAAAGCUUGGAAUGUGGAUGCAAAGAGAGUUGUUUGUGACCUUAACACAACAGAAGAAUUUCCAAGUGUGUUGGACAUAAAGUGCAGUCCCGUUGAACCUAUUUUCGUGUCUGCAGCAGCUUCUAGAGGGGCUGGUUCCAACUAUCCUCACAACCUGGGUUUCGCUUCACUAACUGUGUGGAACAUGAAGACGUGGAAAGCCAUGACAGUCCUUCCUCUUGGAGAAGAUCCACCAGCAAUUACUUCUCUAUGCUUCAAUCACAAUGGGAAGAUUUUAGCAGCAUCUGCUGUGGAUGGAAUGAUUCACAUGUUUGACAUGUCUGCUGGUCUACAAAUCACUGGCUGGCCUGCACAUGAUUCUUCUAUCAGUUCAAUUUUUUUUGGACCAGAUGAGACUAGCAUUUUUAGCCUGGGCUCUGAUGGGAAGAUUUUCGAGUGGAGUUUGCAAAAUCAAGGUCAAAUCUUGUGGUCAAGAGACUGUAGCAGGUUCUGUUCCCCCCUCAGUGCUUCAAAAUAUAGCAGACAUGAGAUGGCAUUAGAUGCAAAUGGGAGGAGACUCUUGGUAACAUCCAGUUCUGUUAGAGCACCCAUAUAUCAGGUUCAGGGUAAUUUGACUGGUUGGAGAACACUUCCUCACGGUGCUCCUAUUACCGCUGUAGAUUGGCAUCCGACAUUACCCAUUUUCUUGACUGGAUCAGCUGAUAACUCUGUCAGAGUAACAUCUUUGUUAUCAUAGCCCCGCCUUGUAUUUGUAUCUUAGAGUUUUUUCAUUCUUUGUUUGGUGAGCAUUUAAAUAGGUUUUAUUGGAAUUUUAGGUUGUAAUAUGAUGGUCUCUCUCUCGCUCUCUCUCUACAAGUGAGAUGUGCAUAUUUAUGCAAUUGCCUUGUAUGUACAUUUGUACUUUAUUGAGUUUAGUCAUUUCUUUUGUCAUGCAUACGAAAUUAAUGUAUCAAAUUUGCAGGCAGGCAUAAAUUGUGAAGAGAAUUUUUGACA